ACGCGUAUCCCUGGUGAGCAAAAACAGUCGUGCGUGUUGUUGAAGCAAAACGCAGAUAUUAGGUGUGUUACAGUUAACUAAAUACAAAAACAACAUCUUGCUGGGUUUUUAGAGAGGAACGACAAACAACCACAAUGGAGACUGAGGACAGCGCAUUUGAAACCAUGGAAGAAGACAUCCAGGAGGUUUUAAAUGAGUUAUCGGGAGACGACAAAUUCGAGAAGUUUCGUGUGGAGUACGAAAAGAUAGCCAAAGCUCUGCGGAAGUCCCAUGAGAAUGAAAAAAGACUGAUGUCCAAAUGCAGGGAGCUGAAUGCAGAGAUAGUGUCCAACACCGUCAAAAUAUCCACGGCCAUGAAACUAGCUGAUGAAGAUCAAACCACAAUCACCUCCCUUAAAAUGGAAAUUGACAAGGCUUGGAAAAUGGUUGAAGCUUCGCAUGCAAAGGAGUUGCAGGCAAAAGAAACAAUCCAGAAACUAAAGGAGGAUAUAACCUGUCUCAACAAGCUCAUUGAAAAAGGCGCUGGGGUUUCCGAGGGCCAAAAAUACAGCGUUGGCGAUCUGUUAAAGAUCAAAGAGGAACUGACCAAGCAGAGAGACAAGCUCCUGUCAGAGGUGGUGACACUCCGGGAGAACCUCACUAAAGCCACUGAUGCUCAGCAGGAGAUAGAAGCUGAGAAGAACAAAGCCAUGGACACAAUUGCUCAGCUCCAGCAGGACAUCCAGGUGCGUCAGAAUGAGAUUCAUCGGGAGACCAGGAGGAAAGAAAAGUUGGAAAAAGAAGUGAAACAGUUUCAAACUGACCUGGAGUCUAAACAAUCCGAGAUUAAAUCACUGACUCAGCAGAGCCAGCGUUUGCAAGAUGAUCAGCAGAAAUUGGAACAACAGCUCCAGGAACACAAAAUUAUAAAUGAGAAAACCAGUAAAGAAAUGGAACAACUCCAACAUCGCAAUGCUAAGCUCCAGCAGGAUAAUGAACAGAACGCCAUCAGCCUAGAGCAACUCUCCCAACAGAACCAACAGCGAGCAUCAGACCUGAAGAUGAAAGAAGAGGAAGUAACCCAGCUGAAACAGGAGAUCGCAAAACUUACCAAAAUGAGAGAGGGGGUGCAGAGGAGACUCAGACAGAUGGAGGAGCAGAAAGUGGAGGUGGAGAACCAGAGAGAAACACUCAAGAAUCAAAUCACUGGACUGGAAAGAGAAAUGGAGACCUCAAAAAAGCAGAUGGAUAUGGACAAGAAGGCUAUAGAUGAACUGGUGCGGGAGAGGGACAUCUUGAAUAAGAAUAUGAUCAAGGCGGCCAACGAAACAGACAAACAGCAGACCAUUGUUAAGCUACACGAACAGUCAAAGAAAACUCUGGAACAGGAGAUUUUAAACUACAGGGACGAAGCCCAGAAACAGCGAAAGAUCAUCUACCAGCUGGAGAGCUACAUAAAUGAGGCCAGUGAGCUUACCAAGAAGGUCCUUGAGAAUAUUGAGGACAUUAAACUGAAGGAGAUGCAGAUAUUUGAGUAUAAGAAGAGAAUCGCAGAAGCUGAAACAAAACUGAAGCAGCAACAGAAUCUCUAUGAGGAUGUCAGGACAGAGAGGAACCUCUUCAGCAAGAACCUAAUUGAGGCCAAGGAUCAGAAUGCUGAGAUGAAACGCAAGGUGAAGAUCGUGAACCACAUGUUCGAACAGUUAAAAGAUGAAAUUACCACAAAAGAGGUGGCUCUAGACAAGGAGCGCCAGGAGUUCCAGCGUGUAGAGAGAGAAAGGGAAAAUCUCAAGGCUGAGCUGCAAAAGAUGAGGCAACAGGCUCAGGAGACGAAGCAGCUCAUUGAGGAACAGGAGGGAAAGGAACGUGAGCUGCUGAAGAUCAUAGCAGAGGCUGAUGCUGAGAGGAUCCGGCAGAAAAAAGAGCUCGAUCAGGUAAGAAAUGAGCGUGACCUCCUGGGGAUGCAGCUGAUGAAGAGAAACGAAGCGCUGGCGUUACUGUACGAAAAGAUCAAAAUCCAGCAGUCCAUCAUGAACAAGGGUGAUAUUCAGUACAAUGAAAGAUUGGAGGAUAUCAGACUCCUGAAGCUGGAGAUCAAGAAGCAAAGACGAGAAAAGAACAUCCUCAAUAAGACCGUCUCUAAUGUGGAGGACCUCAGACAGGAAGUGUUUCAUAUGCAGAGGGAGCUGCUGAAAGAAAGGACAAGAUGUCGAGCUCUAGAGGAUGAGCUCAGCAAUCCCUUGAAUGUACACCGCUGGAGAAGACUAGAGGCGAGUGAUCCAAGCAGCUUUGAACUGAUUCAGAAGAUUCAUUCUCUUCAGCGGAGACUGAUAGCGAAGACUCAGGAGAUUGUGGAGAAAGAGCUUCUAUUACAGGAGAAAGAGAAACUUUAUGUCGAGCUGAAACACAUCCUUGCUCGGCAGCCUGGUCCGGAAGCAGCGGAAAAACUACAAGUUUAUCAGCGAACACUUCGGGAGAAGACCAAACAACUCAAGGUCCUAACAGCAGAGCUCAACAUGCACGAGUCGCAGUCAGAAGACUACAAGUAUGAGAUCGAACGUCUGGCCAAUGAACUCCAGGAAGUCAAGAAAAAAUACCUCGCACAGAAACGGAAAGACCAGGAGAACAGGGAGAAGGAGCGAAAUCUCGCCCAGGCAGGACAGCCUGUGAUCCAGCCUCAGCGUCCGGACGGCCCUAGAUUCACUGGAGGAGGCUUCAGCUUUAAGCAGCACAACAGGAUGACACUUCAAGCCCUGGAACAGCAGUCUUGAUGCCCGCCAGAACCCUCUGAGGACCCUCUUCACCCAUCAUCGCCCCUUGAUAGACCGUAUUUUCUCGUAUUUAUUCAGCUCUAUUGGUGCUGGCUAACCACCUAGUCAGCUGCUGCAAGCCAUGCACUAAAGUCAGUUCU